AUGUCUCAUCGUCUCGGGGGAAUUGGCUCUGAAAUGAACAUGGAGUCGGUGAGUGCGAUUGACGAGGAUAUGCCAAUCAAGCUUCGGGCGGAAUUUAAGCCUUUUCCUCACUUUCGACAAGAUUUGUGUCAUCGUAUAGUGAUACCGGGUAUGCGUGUAUCCGACUUUUUAUCCUUCGACUUUCGAACUACGGGAUUGAUCGACGAUAGGCUCGAGGAGCCGUUUAUUAUAACUGACGUUCGAAUCGAGUUACAGGAGUUCACGAGCACACAUAAUCAUGAGGAGGCUUUCCAAGAUGUCCGGACAAAAACGCUUCUCGAGAGUAAGCCGUUUGAGUCAAUCAUGCUUUCAAAAAAACCGCUGAGAAUUCUGGCAAAGAUGUACUCGUGUGAAUUGCCUAUGGUGGGUCCGACUUUCUUCACAAAUGAUCUCACCAGAAGCUACGGCUUGAAAGCAACAUUCAAGCUCAGCCACGAUAAAAUUGGAAAAGUCACUUCUACGGCAUUUGUCGAAUUGAACUUGGCUCAAGAGAAAUCUGAACGCAUAAGAGAUGAGGAUGUUGACCACUUGCAGUAUUAUGGAAAUCCACGUAUCUCGUCAUACUGGAUCCAACUGAGGGUUGCAUCUAGCAAGAAAGAUACUAACCGUUUAGUGUCGUCAUACAGUCUAUUCUUGGUUAAAGCUCAAACGAGCUUCAGGCAAUAUCUGCUUCUGUUAUACACAAAUGGCCAAAAGAAAUGUAUGGUUUUCACACCGCGGCUUGCAGCAAGAUUUGCUACGCCCAAUCUCAAACCCGAUUUGAAGAGACAAGCUAAAUUGCUUUUGAAUUAUUCGCUUUCUUUUGUGAAGAAUCAGGACAGGGUGAGUUUAGUAUCGAAGAUUACGGAACUGCCUGUUCCAGGUGGUGAUGCAUCCAACUCAGGAAAGCCAUUUGCGUCCAAAUGCUUGAUGAUAGGCGAUCAAGUUAUGCAAUCCCUCUCGACUUGCCAUCUGCUUCGGGAUAAAAGAGCACCUCAAGAUGGUGUUUUUGCAAUGGGGAUACUGAGUAUUCCGGUCUCUUUUCGUCUCACGCUCACGGGCAAUCAAAGCUUUACUCAAGCCAAGGAAUGGAAAGCGGCGACAAUGGUGAGGCCCGGAAUGAAGCUCUCUGAAUUCAUGAACUUCACUUUCAUUGUUGGCCAAAGCUAUGAUGAAGCGAGUCAUGACACGACUGUAGACGAUAUGGAAUUUGUGAUCGAAGAGAUUGAGAUCACGCUCGAGGAGGACAAUUUUUCAUUAAGCAGAGAUAGGGAGUUUCCGUUGUUCAAGAAAAACGGGAAAUUUCCUUCGAUUCAGUGGGGAGAUUUCAAGGAUGUUGUCGACGGCAGUACAAGUGCUCGAAGUCUUCGACUACCUCUGGAAAUUCUUGAGGGUGAGAUUCCUCUCGAAAUCGAAUCUUCGCCCGAUCAUUCGGAUUGUGAGUCCCCGAAGAGACAUACGUUGCACUCUCGUUGCCACUCUACCCCAAGGGAUAUCAACACAACCCACGCCGUGCUGCUCACCCACGCCCUUCCCAGGCAGUACCACCUUCCCAGAAUUGGCAGAUUCAUCAACACAUCGUCCCUUCAACAGCUUCGAGGAGGAAUGAUCCACCAGUACAUGGCGCCGUGGGUGCCUACAUUCACAUCGGCACUAGAGGCGGAAGCAGCGGCCAGAGACCACAAGCCGCCGUUCACCACGUUCCAGUUUGCCACUGUUGAUAAAGACGGGUUCCCGAAAAACAGAACGUUGGUCCACAGAGGCAGUCUUUUCGACAACAGCGACAACAACGUGAUGAUCUUUUGCACGGACAGGCGGAUGGACAAGUACGACGAGCUCUUGGCCAACGACAAGUUCGAGGCCGUGUUCUGGUUCGAGAAGAUCCGCAAACAGUUUAGGUUCCGUGGCCACGCCAGACUUCUCGACCAGGAACACCGUCCCAUUGUGGAUGUUUCCAGCAUUCAGCCCCGCAACAUCAUUCUGCUGAGCCACAACAACCUGAGCGAUUCCGAGGAGGAGGAAGACGACGACGACGAUAGCGGCGCUUUGGAGAUGUCCGUGGCCAGUCCGCAAAAGAGCCAGAACGGCGGAUCCGUCAGUCCGCAGCUGGUGCCUUUGAGCUACCCGCUCUUAUCGCCCUUGGCGUUCCAGAAACUCGCCCACGAACAGAAAAACCUCGCCGUUUCGUACCCCAACUUGCAAGAGCUCUCGCACGUGGAGUUUGCCGCCCCUACCAAGGAGGACUGGGACCAGGAAUUGCAGCGUGUGUGGAACGACCUCUCCAAGGGCCUCAAGCUGUCUUUCCGCCGCCCGGCGCCCAGAUCGAUGUUGGACGAGUCGAAGCAGAAUUCUAUUGACAAGAUCAACAGGGGCGUUGACGGCAAGGGCGAGGACAGUGGGCUCAAGAACUUUGCCGUGGUUGCGAUGUUCGUGGAGACGGUUGACUACUACGAGCAGGAGAAGGACAGGCGCUACAUUUACCAGAAGGACAGCUCGCAUUUGUGGAGCGAGGAGGAGGUUUGUCCGUAG